GAUCUGUGUCGCGUUGUACUAGUGGCCUCGUGGUGUGGCUUCCGGUAUGAGAACCCGCAAAGCUGACUACCUGGCAGACGACGAGCUGGUCGGACAGGUGAGUGAUCUGGCAGAUACCACCACGGACGGCAUCACUCUCCCCCGUGCCUUCCUGCGACUUUCAGUUUCUUGCAAAGUAUUUUGGCCGCUCGAAAUAUUUUGGAAUUGGUAAGCUUGGGGCUCCUCGCGAGGGUGGUGUGAUGUGAUGUGGCCUGGUUUGGUGUGCAGUGGUUCACAAGGAGUCGGUGCUGGACAAGAGUAAUCGCGAAGUCGAAGCCUAUUUGGUGGUAUACACCGAUGCUGAGACCGAGCAUCUCAGCGGUGGGGACAGAUGAUAGUUCUGCACACAUGCAAACACACUUACAAACACACUCAUCGAUGCGUAUGUGCGUGUGUGCAGGCAAGUCGAUACGGUAUGCGCACGGCGGGAAGGAGAGAGAUAGGGAGCGACAAGACGUGAAUCAGCGAGGCGUUUCUCGUUCCUGUGCUGUGCUGUGUUGGUCAGCGAAAAGAUCGCCCAUGUGAGUGACGACGAUGUGGCAAUGCAGCUCAACAAUCUGAGACUCGACCUGCGCAGGUAGGGUGGCACAACACAUGGCCUCCCCCACCACUGCCCCUGUAUGUGUAUCCAUCCAUGCAUCCGUUGAUGUGUUGGUUGGUUCAUUCAGCAAGGGCAUCGACCUGGCGCACAGCCUGGAAGAGGGCCCUCCCAAGGACACGGCAGCAGCAUCAGCCAAGGCUGACCCCGGCAGCGGCAGACGUGGCAAGCGCCAGCGCGGCGCCGCAUCGGCGGCAGCAGCAGCGGCUGGCGCUGGUGCCAGUGAGGGGGAUCAUGAGGGCAUUGCGGAGGAGGGCGAAGACGUGGACUCCGCAGGGGAGGAGGCCGAUGACACCAUGGGGGCCGCUGCUGCGUCGGCUACUGCCGCGGCUGCGGGGGGUGAGGAGGCUCAGCCCAAGAAGAAGAGACGCAAGCACGUGAGAUAUAUCCAUGAAUUACGCAUGCAGCCGAGUUGCCGGGUAUUGUAUUCAGGCUCCUCAGCCGCAUGCCAAGUCGCUUUCUGCUGCAUCUGCUGGAGAUGAACGGGUCGUCGAGUUGAAUGACAUUCUCAUGUAAGACGGGAAAGGUGCACAGGUGAUUGACGCGUGGAUCCAUUUACGUGUAUGCUGCUCAGUGGCGGUGACCUGCAGCCCCUGUCGGGUGACUGGACGGUGGAACGGCUCAAGGGCAUUCCUCGAGACGACGUAAGACAUACCUACCUACUAGAGACAGCCAGCCAGGCAGAAGAAACGGGUGCAACGACGUAUGUACGAAGUCCUCCGUUUUGCCUGUGUCGAUUCGAUUUAGUUCAAGUUGAUGCUCCAGAAGUCCGCCGCUGUGCCGCUGGUGGGUCAGCAGCUGGAGGCGGUGCUCCUCUGCUACGUACGGCUGCAGGAGAUGGCCAACGCGGCUGCGGGGGGGCCGACCGGAUGAAUGAUGGCGGGAUGCGUACGGGGCAGGGCAGGUUUUGCCGUCACUUUGGCUGUCUGUACGUGUGGUGG